AGACACGAAACAACUCCAACGCAUUUGUCAGCCACACACAGACACUCUCUCUGUUUAAUUUCUUAGAUUGAUAGAGAGAAAUCAUUUUCUUUACAGAUCAGGAAAGAAAGAAAUAAAGGAAAAAAAGGAAACUUUAUUUCUUGAUUUUUUUGAAUUUCUUUAUACAUAUAUAUAAUUCAUCUGCAGCUUAAUUCCCCAAUUCCCAUAUAUGCAUAUGUGUCUGCCUGCAGAGGCAUGUGUGUACGUUAUAUGUGAAACUGCAACGUGAAAAAAGGCCAAGAGAAAGAGUUUAAGGAGCACCGAAUCUGCGUGCAUGCUUCCUAUGGCGUCCCAAAUCUUUAAAGCGCAAUCCGGCUUACGUUAGCUCGCUUCUACAAGAGAUUUUGUUCUCUUCCUCCUCCUCCUCCUCCUCCUCCUCUUCUCUUCUUAUUCUUCUUCUUGUUCUAUACUCAGAACAUCUACAAGUACCCAUCUCCACCGCCACCCUCUUCUCUCCGCCGGUGUGCGCAUUUUUUCUUAUCCUUCACUAACUUCUCUUCUAAAAAAUCUAAAUAAGUAGAAGAAGAAAAACAAAAAGAAAAAUUAAAAAUGGCUAUCAAUAAGUUUCUUUUGACAUUUGCCAUCUGUCGGUUGAUUGCAACAGUAGGGUUGACCGUGGACCCCGCCGAGCUUCUCCGGCUUGGAGUCGACGGUCAACUAAGUGUUGACCCUUCAGACGUGGAAAUAGCUUCGCUUGAUUUCGGCUUGCUCAGCCGAGCCAAACCAAUAGCCGUAUUGCGUCCGGCUUCUGCAGAGGACGUAGCCCUGCUUGUUCGCGCUGCUUAUAAUUCGGCUGGUGGGUUUACUGUGUCUGCCAGGGGUCAUGGGCAUUCCAUAAACGGUCAGGCACAGAUAAGUAACGGAGUAGUGAUUGAGAUGAGCAGCCGCUCCAGAGCAGGUCAUCAGCUCGGGUCGGCGAAUAAUAAUCCGGCUCCUCCCCAGGUUUCAGUGAAGGAGAUGCAUGUGCACGUGUGGGGAGGAGAGCUAUGGAUAGAUGUGCUAAGGAGUACGCUGGAGCAUGGACUCGCACCAAAAUCAUGGACCGAUUACUUGUACCUUUCAGUGGGUGGUACCUUAUCCAAUGCAGGGAUAAGUGGGCAAGCUUUUAACCACGGUCCUCAAAUUAGCAAUGUUCAUGAACUCGACGUUGUUACAGGGAAGGGUGAGAUCUUGACGUGUUCAGAAGAGGAAAAUUCAGAGUUGUUUCAUGCUGUUCUUGGUGGUUUGGGUCAGUUUGGAAUCAUCACAAGGGCUAGAAUUUCCCUUGAACCAGCUCCUCAGAGGGUGAGGUGGAUCAGGGUACUCUACUCUAGCUUUUCGUCUUUUACCACAGACCAAGAAUAUCUCAUUUCUCUGUAUGGAAAUCCACCCAGCCAAAAAUUCGAUUACGUUGAAGGUUUUGUUAUUGUAGAUGAAGGUCUUAUUAACAACUGGAGAUCCUCUUUCUUUUCCCCUCGAAACCCAGUUAAGAUUAGCUCAAUUGGUGCUAAUGGUACUGGUGUUCUUUACUGCUUGGAAAUCACCAAGAAUUAUCACCAAUCCUCUGUGGACACCAUUGAUCAGGAAGUAGAGUCCCUGUUGAAGAAGCUGAAUUUUAUUCCAUCAUCAGUGUUCACGACGGAUCUGCCUUACGUGGAUUUCCUGGACAGAGUCCACAAGGCCGAGUUGAAGCUGAGGUCUAAAGGGUUGUGGGACGUGCCACAUCCUUGGCUCAACCUCUUUGUCCCCAAAUCAAGGAUUGCUGAUUUCGAUAAGGGAGUCUUCAAGGGCAUUUUGGGCAAUAAAACAAGUGGACCCAUUCUUAUUUACCCCAUGAACAGAAACAAGUGGGACCAGAGGAGCUCCGUGGUGACACCCGUGGAGGACGUGUUUUAUUUGGUGGCGUUUCUAAGAUCAGCUCUGGAUGAUGGAGAGGAGACCCACACCUUGGAGUACCUGAGCAAUCAGAACCGUCAGAUCCUCAGAUUCUGUGAUGAUGCAGGCAUCAAGGUGAAGCAAUAUUUGCCUCACUACACCACUCAGCAAGAGUGGGUGGACCACUUUGGGGAUAAGUGGUCCCAGUUUUACCAGAACAAGAUGGAAUUUGAUCCCCGGCGCAUUUUAGCAACUGGCCAACGUAUAUUCAUGCCCUCCUUUGUUGCUGCUUCAUCAUCAUCUUCUUCUUUUAGUACCGUGGGCCCAUGGUGAUGAGCGAUGACACAUGCGGAUAUUUUUUUUACUUACAGUCCACCUUAUAAUAGAAUAUACUGAAUUAGGAAUAUUCUUGUACAUAAUGGCAAAAUGGGAAAUCGAAAUAGUUGAUAGCUUUUAAGCAGCAAUACAACCAGCAACUUAGGAUAAAUUACUUUCAUCUAGCAAUUAAAAUAUUUGUAUUUAAAAAAAAUAAAAAUGUCUAUAAUUUUAAUUUC